CCACUGGGAACCGAAGGCCCCUCAGGGACUGCUGGGAGCUGUGGCCUCCGCACGUCACGGGGCCUGACACCCCCCCUCCUCCCCGCGCAGGAGAAGGGCUCCACCUUCCUGCAGCUGGGCUCGUCCACAGAGCAGCAGCUCCAGGUAAUUUUCGAGGUGCUGGAGGAGUACGACUGGACGUCCUUCGCAGCGGUGACCACGCGCGCCCCCGGCCACCGGGCCUUCCUGUCCUACAUCGAGGUGCUGACGGAUGGCAGCAUGGUGGGCUGGGAGCACCGCGGGGCCCUGACGCUCGACCCCGGAGCGGGCGAGGCCGUGCUGGGUGCCCAGCUCCGCAGCGUCAGCGCCCAGAUCCGCCUGCUCUUCUGCGCCCGCGAAGAGGCCGAGCCGGUGUUCCGGGCCGCGGAGGAGGCGGGCCUCACCGGGCCUGGCUACGUGUGGUUCAUGGUGGGGCCCCAGCUGGCUGGAGGCGGCGGCUCGGGCGCCCCGGGCGAGCCCCCUCUGCUGCCAGGAGGCGCCCCACUGCCCGCCGGGCUGUUUGCAGUGCGCUCGGCCGGCUGGCGGGACGACCUGGCCCGGCGUGUGGCGGCCGGCGUGGCGGUGGUGGCCAGAGGCGCCCAGGCUCUGCUGCGUGACUACGGCUUCCUGCCCGAACUCGGCCACGACUGUCGUGCCCAGAACCGCACCCACCGCGGGGAGAGUCUACACAGGUACUUCAUGAAUAUUACCUGGGACAACCGGGAUUACUCCUUCAAUGAGGAUGGCUUCUUGGUGAACCCCUCUCUGGUUGUCAUCUCCCUCACCAGAGAUAGGACCUGGGAGGUGGUGGGCAGCUGGGAGCAGCAGACUCUCCGCCUCAAGUACCCGCUGUGGUCCCGCUACGGCCGCUUCCUGCAGCCUGUGGAUGACACACAGCACCUCACCGUGGCCACGCUGGAGGAGAGGCCCUUUGUCAUUGUGGAGCCCGCCGACCCCAUUAGUGGCACUUGCAUCCGAGACUCCGUGCCCUGCCGGAGCCAGCUCAACCGCACCCACAGCCCUCCCCCGGACGCCCCCCGCCCGGAAAAGCGGUGCUGCAAGGGCUUCUGCAUCGACAUCCUGAAGCGGCUGGCGCAGACCAUCGGCUUCAGCUACGACCUCUACCUGGUCACCAACGGCAAGCACGGAAAGAAGAUCGACGGCGUCUGGAACGGCAUGAUCGGCGAGGUGUUCUACCAGCGCGCCGACAUGGCCAUCGGCUCCCUCACCAUCAACGAGGAGCGCUCCGAGAUCGUGGACUUCUCUGUCCCCUUCGUGGAGACGGGCAUCAGUGUGAUGGUGGCACGCAGCAAUGGCACCGUGUCCCCCUCGGCCUUCCUCGAGCCCUACAGCCCUGCCGUGUGGGUGAUGAUGUUCGUCAUGUGCCUCACUGUGGUCGCCGUGACCGUUUUCAUCUUCGAGUACCUCAGUCCCGUCGGCUACAACCGCAGCCUGGCCACGGGCAAGCGCCCUGGAGGCUCAACCUUCACCAUUGGGAAAUCCAUCUGGCUGCUCUGGGCCCUGGUGUUUAAUAACUCGGUGCCCGUGGAGAACCCCCGGGGGACCACCAGCAAAAUCAUGGUGCUGGUGUGGGCCUUCUUCGCUGUCAUCUUCCUCGCCAGCUACACAGCCAACCUGGCCGCCUUCAUGAUCCAGGAGGAGUAUGUGGACACCGUGUCUGGGCUCAGUGACCGAAAGUUCCAGCGGCCCCAGGAGCAGUACCCGCCCCUGAAGUUUGGGACGGUGCCCAACGGGUCCACGGAGAAGAACAUUCGCAGCAACUACCCGGACAUGCAUAGCUACAUGGUGCGCUACAACCAGCCCCGCGUAGAGGAAGCGCUCACUCAGCUCAAGGCAGGGAAGCUGGACGCUUUCAUCUAUGAUGCGGCUGUGCUCAACUACAUGGCCCGCAAGGAUGAAGGCUGCAAGCUGGUCACCAUCGGCUCGGGCAAGGUCUUUGCCACGACGGGCUACGGCAUCGCCCUGCACAAGGGCUCCCGCUGGAAGCGCCCGAUCGACCUGGCUCUGUUGCAGUUCCUGGGGGACGAUGAGAUCGAGAUGCUGGAGCGGCUGUGGCUGUCUGGGAUCUGCCACAACGACAAAAUCGAGGUGAUGAGCAGUAAGCUGGACAUCGACAACAUGGCGGGGGUCUUCUACAUGCUCCUGGUGGCCAUGGGCCUCUCCCUGCUGGUCUUCGCCUGGGAGCACCUGGUGUACUGGCGCCUGCGGCAUUGCCUGGGGCCCACCCACCGCAUGGACUUCCUGCUGGCCUUCUCCAGGGUACGCGGGGACAGAGGCAGGCCGGGCUGCGGGCUGCGGGGAGGCAGGCAGGGCUGCCUCGCAGUGGGAGACACCUGGGUCGAGGUCCCGGCCGGGCGGGAGGGCUGGAGGGGAGCCUGA